GCAUGGCCAGCAAUGGCGCAACAUGCUGCUGAGAUCUCUCGCCGCGCGCCUCAAGCUGUAGCACCAGACGUCCCUUUCGACGGCGACAUUACACGGGUUGGUCUGGGGGACGUCAAGAGUGGUGGCACCACUCCUGUCGGUACAAGCGUCUACAACAUUCUUAUGGGAACGGAAGCUGGCGACUCAGCCGUGGCUGGUUAUAAACCACCCGGUAUAGUUGGCACCAAGGCAUGCAAGGCUGACACAUGUUGUGUAUGGUGGUGGAUUGCUCAAGCCAUGACCAUCGCCUUCACCGGACCAACCGGUCGCUGUAAUGGCUUCGCUCGUGCAGCCAUCCGCCUAGGCUUCCACGACGCAGGGUCAUGGUCAAGCUCCCUUGCCGCCGCUGGUCAAGACUUUGGUGGCGCUGAUGGAAGCAUUGUCCUAUCAGGCACCGAGAUCAAUAGAGCAGACAACAACGGCUUACAAGCCAUCGCCAACCAAGCUCUUCUCUGGUCCAAGCUGUUCAAUGUCGGUGUCGCCGACAUCAUUCAGUUUGCAGCUGCUCAUGCCGUUGUUACAUGCCCUCUAGGCCCAAGGGUCAGGACUUUCGUUGGCCGCAAGGACAGCACGAAACCCGCCCCCGAGGGUUUGAUGCCUUCUGUCACCAUGAGCGCAGACCAGAUCAUCAGUCUCUUCGAGGACAAGACUAUCCAGCCUCAUGAUCUAGCUGCUCUACUCGGUGCACACAGCACAAGUCAACAGUUCAAUGUAGACAAAACAAAGGCUGGCUUCGGUCAAGACUCGACUCCUGGUGUCUGGGAUGUGAGGUUUUACAAUGAGACCCUCCAGCCGGGAGUAAACAGUAAGGUCUUCAAAUUCCAGAGUGACCUGAUCACUGCAAACGAUACGAGAGUCAGCGACGAAUGGCAGUCUUUCAUCGGCGAUCAGAGCCACUGGAACGNNGGACUGAGCAUGCUUGGUGUCAACAACAUCAACAAUCUGACAGAAUGUACAAAAGUCUUGCCGAAUGCGAAGACUACCUUUGCAGGGGCAUCGACGCCUGGUCUUUUUGGCAAGGUAUAA